CUCGUUUUUCCCUUGGUGUGUUUUCGACAGUGCAAUGAUAACAUUCAAACGAGUUGCUAUGAGCAUAAUUAGAAUUACUAUGGCAACAGUUGAUGGUUCGAUAAUAUAAUUCCAUGAGCAUUCUCUCUCCAUUUGACAUUUAGUCAGCAGGAAAAUGUCCUCGGUUGGCGUAGAAUGUGAUAAUAACGUGCCACGAAAAAAACCGGUGGUUUUCACACGAAGAUCGGGUCAGAAAGUAAAAGAGCCCAAAUUGAAACCACCGUCCGCCCUCGAGCGCGUCUUUGGAAAACCUAAUAAACCACGGGAUCGCUACUUUACGGCCGGCGUUAAAAUAAACGAGAGUAAUAAUAUAGGCAUCAACGCGGAAACUUUACCGUUUUCCUACCCAAAAGAUCUAGACGAAUUUUCGUACAGAUUAACAUCGAAAUCGUGGAGGCAGAGCAGAAUCAAGCAAGAAAACGAGCGGAAAUACAACGAGAGGCAUAAGAUCGACUUGCUCAAUCGAUUGUAUGUGAAAGAGCCGGAAGUGAAAAGCAUGAAAACCAUCUUAGAUGUCGACCCCCAAUUCUACACGUUGACAGCCGGGCGCCCAGUGGGACGAAAGUUCAACCGAAGGGAUUACAUUGAAGAUAUUAACAACGUACUCCGUACCAAAAUUGCAAUCGGCUAUCGCGAAGACGACAUCAUGGUGGUCGACGAAAACCACGCGAGCGAGAAGAAAAUACUCAACGAAGUCUCGCGGGAAUUUCAAAAAUACCUCAACACUUUCGAGGAGUUUCUAUUUAACGACCACUCGGCUUCCAUGGACCUAUUGAAGGAAUCCGAACAAAUCGAGUCGGAAGCAUCCGAAAAGGUCGAAACGCUUCAGAAACUCACGAAAGGGUAUGGCUCGCUGAAAUCUACGGUCUGCAAUUUGGAAGAGAAAUGGCGAAAUUGUAAGACGUACCAAAAAUUUUUGUAUUUGGUUAGUCCGAUGGACUGGAGAAAGGAGCACGACUUUUAUCUAACGCAAGAAACGGCGAAUGACAGGCGCCCCGCGGGAGAAGUGCAGUCACUUAGUAAUCUGAUCAGUCAGUUCGUGGAGGACGUACAAACCCAAGAAAAACCCAGCCUUUUCUUCAGCGAACCCAAUCAACUUCUCAAAGUGUUCGCUUUCAUCGAAUUGCAAAAUCUGAAUACACUCCUGCAUUCGGAGGAAUUAGCCGUGCCACUAGAGCAGGUCAAGGAGGCGGUGAAAUAUAUCGAAGAUUCAUUCAGUACUGAAGGGGCCUCGCUCCAGGAGAUAAUCGACAAUCUCGAACGGGAGAUAAUAUGGGAGGAGGACAGGGCGACGCGCUUGGAAGAAUUGGCUUUGGAAUUAAUAAAUGGAGAUUUCAAGGAGUUAAUUUCCAACGAGGAGGCUAUAAAUUUGUACGUCUUCGUCGAAGACGUUUACGAAGAUCGGUUGGGUCUGAACGAUUCCAAACUGACAAUGAAGGAGAUGAUGAAAAUAAUCGAAACGGGUUAUCGCGAUUAUUUGUUGCACCUCGAUCGACUACCCGAUGACCUGGUGCGCAAAGCCGAAGCAACCUGCCGAAGAAAUGAGAGAAAGAAGGUGUUGCUCGCCGAAAAUGCGGCGAGGAAGGUUGUUCAGGUGGAACGGCUAACGAAGCACUUGGCUCGAUUGCUGGAUCCGCCCAGGAUUCGAACGGCGAGAAGUUUGAAAUCGCGUUCUCCGAGAGUUGAGGAUAAAGAGAAACCGAAACCGCCUCCGCGACCAAUGACGGCAGACCAAAUCGAUCAUUUGGAGUUUUUCACUGAUUCGUGCUUUCAUUCUGACGAUCCCAAGCUGUUUGGCGUACGGGUGCAUAAAAAUGAUGCGCACUGAUUGUUUUAUUUCUAUUUUUUUACCAAUAAAAGUCACCGUGCGUCUAUCUUUUUGUGUCCUCAUAAAGCGCAAACGAAUUACACGUGAAUUGGGGAAAUCGUUUGAACUAUUUUCCGUUUCCUUCACGAUAUUAUUGGUAAUUCCCAAUAAAAAUUUAAAAAUUA